AUGACUUCCAGAGGGCAGAAAGCGAGAGUGAGUGUCAAUGAGGAUUUGACUGAGACGGUGUCGUCAGCUGCAGGAGAAACCGCUGCUUCAGACUCCGAGAGAGAACUGGAGGACAGUCAUGGUCAUCCACAGGCCAAAGGUCCAACUGUAAAAGAUAAAAAGAGGUCCCCUCCCUCAAGCAGGCCUCCCUCUGCCCCUCAGCUCAGCCAGCACCACUGCAUCUCUCCAGACGAGCAGGACAGCCCCGAAAGAGUCGUUCAGAAGGAGAAACUCCAUGCAGAACUAAAGCAGGUUCUAAGUCAAAAGAGAAGCCACCUGAAAGAGAGUCACUCAACACUUGAAGGGAUGGAUCCUCCAGAGAAGAAUAGUGAAUCUGUGGAAGAAGGCUGUGCAUCAGAACUAGUGGAAGUGGUGGUGGAGACAGAGGCUGGAGCAGGAGCCAGUGGAUACAGCGUUGUUGGUGGAGGGGAGAAGGGCAUUUUUGUCAAAGAUGUUCUGAAAGAUUCCCCAGCAGCAAAGCAACUGAGCCUCCAAAAAGGAGAUCAGCUGCUUAGUGCCAGGGUGUAUUUUGAUAACGUGAAAUAUGAGGAUGCUCUGAAGAUCCUUCAGUGUGCAGAACCUUACAAAGUGUCAUUCUUCUUGAAGAGGACUGUACCUCAAACUGAAGUCAGCAGUCGUCCAGGUGCACCAAAUGUUGAGAUAAGAGGACCUAAGGCCAAGAUGCAAAGAAUGAGUGUCAAAAGUGUUAAACCGUUUAAAGCCAAAAAGAAAAGAGGAGGAAGAUUUGGAUUGAAAAGACUGAAAGAGAACAAGAAAGCACAAGAUGGAGCAGAAAUGGACAUUGAGGGUUCACCAGCUAGAAUUGACUUUACUCCAGUUGAUGUGGAGUUUGCAUUCCCAAAGUUUAGGCUGAAGAAACGUGGGAAAGCAUCUGCAGAGGCAUCAGCGCAACUAGAAGGAGUGGUCACCAGUGUAAGGCAGAAAAAGAAGAUCAGAUUUCCGAGGACAAAAGCAAAGUCCACUGCAGGAGGUGCUGUAGAAAUUUCAACAUCAGGAGGGGAGGCAGAGAUAACUGGAGCAAAGCUUAAAGCAAAAGGAAAAGGGCCAAAGUUUGGAAUGCAUUUUCCUCAGACCAAAAAAUCCAAAACAGACGCAUCAUUGGAUUACACUGUUGCAUUGAAUGCUCCUGAGGCUAAACUUCCAAAACCUUCUGUGGAAUUUGAUUUCAGUUUGUCUAAACCCGAAGUGUAUGUUAAGGGUAAGGUUGACCCUGAAGUGAAAGUACCCAAGGGGAAUUUAGAUGGCGCUGAGACCAAGAUAAGGAUGCCAAAGGUCAAACUGCCAAAGCUAAGACUCUCCCAUCACUCAGAUGAAGUUGACGGGGAGGCUGCCACAAAAACGGAAGCAAAAUUAAAAAUGCCAGCAAUUGACAUUAGUGUGCCAAAUGUGGAUGUGGAUUUACAUAUUCCAAAGACCACAGAAACUGUUGAUUUCAAAGAUGUUGAAAUUUGUGAUCCAAAUGUGAAAGGAAUGAAAAUCAGCAUGCCAGAUGUUGACAUAUCAUUACCAAAACUAAGCCUAGACACAAAGCAAACAUCUGGAGAUGAGAUAGAUGGAUACAUGGCUAAAGGGCCCAUCAUUGGCAUCCCAAAAGUUGACAUUGCAAUGCCCAGUAUUGAGAAAUCAGACAUUAGUCUCCCAUCAAUAGACAUCUCCAUUCCAAAGAUAACAGGAAAAGACACUGAUGUUGAAGGACAUACAAGUACAGGGGCAAAAUUUGACAUGCCAAAAUUAGACAUCUCCUUGCCAAAAAUAACAUCUCCUGAAAGCAAAAUUAAUAUUGAAGGACUUAAUGUCAGGGGGAAAGAAUUUCACACGCCAUCAAUUGACUUAUCAUUGCCAAAAGGAAAGUUGAAGGGAGAUGUUUCUCUUGAGGCAGAUGCUGAAAAGGGUGGCAAGUUUCAAAUGCCUCAAGUGGAUCUUUCCUUUCCUAAAAUGAACUUACCACAAGGUGAAAUCAACAUUGAAGGGCCUGAGGUUAAAGCUGGAAAAUUUAGUAUGCCAUCUAUUGACCUUUCACUGCCAAAGGGAAAAGGGGAAGGACAUGUUGAGGUCAAGGGCUCUUCGGGAAUGGAAGGAAAAUUUAAGAUGCCUGUCUCUCUACCAACAGUCAAAUUACCACAGGGUGAAAUCAGUGUUGAAGGACCUGACAUGAAAGGUGGAAAAUUCAGUAUGCCAUCUGUUGAUAUAGCAUUAUCAAAAGGAAAAAUAGAAGGGUCUACUGAGUUUGAGGAAGGUCAAACUGGGAAAGGAGGAACAUUCUACAUGCCUCAAAUUGAUCUGUCUCUGCCAAAAAUGAAAUUGCCAGAAGGUGAAAUUAGUGCUGAGAAGCCUGAUAUUAAAGGUGGCAAGUUUCGCUUGCCUUCUGUAGAUUUGUCCCUUCCUAAAGGAAAAGUGGAAUGCAACAUUAACACUGAAGGCCAUUCUGGAAAAGGAGGAAAGUUUAAAAUUCCUGACAUAGAUCUGUCAGUUUCCAAAUUUAAAUCACCCCAGGGAGAAAUCAAUGUUGAAAGUCCUGAAAUUACAGGUGGAAAAUUUAGUAUGCAAUCAAUUGAUGUUUCACUGCCAAAGGGAAAAAUUGAGGGAGACACUGAUUUUGAGGCAAACGCUGGCAAAGGAAAGUUUCGCAUGCCUCAGAUUGAUCUUUCAUUACCGAGAGUUCAAGCCCCAUCUGUUGAUGUGAAUGUAGAAGGCCCUGAAAUCAAAAGUGGAAAAUUCAGUAUGCCAUCUGUUGACAUAUCAUUGCCUAAAGGAAAGAUACAAGAAGAUGUCAGUCUUGAGGCUGACAUGAAAAAGGGAGAAAAGUUUACAAUGCCCAAAUUCAAAAUUGGUUUGCCCCAAAUGAAAUCAACAGGUGGUGAUAUCAGCAUUGAAGCACCUGAUGUCAAGCCUGGGAAACUUGAAAUGCCGUCCAUUGACAUUUCAUUACCAAAAGGUAAUGCUGAAGCAGAAACUGGCAUUGAAGGACAUUCUAGAAAAGGAGGAAAGUUUGAAAUGCCAAACCUCAAUAUCUCCUUACCAAAAAUCAAACUACCUGAAGGUCAAAUCAAUUUGGAAGGUCCUGAGAUCAAAGGUGGCAAGUUUGACAUGCACUCUCUUGAUAUCUCUGUACCAAAACCUAAGAUACAGGGACACAUCAGUCUUGAAGGAGACGACAAAAAGGAAGGCAAGUUUAAAAUGCCCAAAAUUGACAUGUCUUUACCCCAAUUCAAAUCAACAGGAGGUGACAUCAGUAUUGAAGUACCCGAUAUCAAAGGUGGGAAGUUUCAUAUGCCACAUGUGGAUAUUUCAUUGCCAAAAGGAAAAGUAAAAGGAGGUGCUGAUUUUGAAGGUGAUGCUGGUAAAAGGGGACAGUUUCAUAUGCCCAAUGUUGAUUGUUCCCUACCAAAAAUGGAAUACCCAGAGGUAGAUCUAAAUGUUGAGUGGCCAAAAGGGGGAAAAGUUGGUUUGCCAACUAUAGACCUUUCUCUGCCCCAAGGAAAAGUGGAGGGAGGUCUGGAUGUUGGCCAUUCUGGGAAAGGAGGAAAGUUUGAUAUGCCCAAAUUUGAUAUAGCUCUCCCUAAGGUCAAGGCUCCUGAGAUUGAUAUUUCCAUGCCAAAGAUGAAGUUACGAGAGAGUGAGGUUAGUGUUGAAGGCCCUGAUGUCAAAACUGGGAAAUUCGGCCUGCCAUCCUUUGACAUAUCAUUACCAAAAGGAAAGACUGAAGGAGAAAUUGGCAUUGAAGAACAUUCUGGAAAAGGCGGAAAGUUUGAAAUGCCAAAACUUGAUAUCUCCUUACCAAAAAUGAAAUUACCCGAAGGUGAAAUCAAUGUGGAAGGUCCUGACAUCAAGGGUGGCAAGUUUCACAUGCCCUCUGUUGAUAUUUCUCUACCAAAACCUACAAUAGAGGGAGACAUCAGUCUUGAAGGAGGGAAAGUUGAUGUAGAAGCGCCUGAUGUCAAAGGUGGAAAGUUUCAUAUGCCAGACAUUGACAUUUCAUUGCCAAAAGGAAAAGUAAAGGGGGCUGCUGAGAUUAAAGGUGAUGCUGGUAAAGGGGGCAAGUUUCAUAUGCCCCAAAUUGAUCUUUCCCUACCAAGAAGGAAAUCUCCAAAGAUUGAUAUAAAUGUUGAGGGGCCUAAAGGGGGAAAAGUUGGUUUGCCAACUGUAGAGCUUUCUCUGCCUCAAGGACAAAUGGAGGGAGAUCUCAAUGCUGGACAUUCUGGGAAAGGUGGAAAGUUUGAAAUGCCCAAAUUUGAUAUAUCUCUCCCUAAGGUCAAGGCUCCUGAGGUGGAUAUUUCCUUGCCAAACAUAAAAUUACCAGAAGGGGAUGUUAACAUUGAAGGUCCUGAUGUCAAAACUGGAAAAUUCAGUCUGCCAGCCACUGACAUAUCAUUAUCAAAAGGAAAGGCUGAAGGGUAUUCAGGCAAAGCAGGAAAGUUUGAAAUGCCAAAACUUGAUAUCUCCUUACCUAAAAUGAAAUUACCUGAAGGUGAAAUCAAUGUGGAAGGUCCUGACAUCAAGGGUGGCAAGUUUCACAUGCCCUCUGUUGAUAUUUCUCUAACAAAACCUACGAUAGAGGGAGACAUCAGUCUUGAAGGACGGAAAGUUGAUGUAGAAGCGCUUGAUGUCAAAGGUGGAAAGUUUCAUAUGCCAGACAUUGACAUUUCAUUGCCAAAAGGAAAAGUAAAGGGGGCUGCUGAGCUUAAAGGUGAUGCUGGUAAAGGGGGCAAGUUUCAUAUGCCCCAAGUUGAUCUUUCCCUACCAAGAAUGAAAUCUCCAAAGAUUGAUAUAAAUGUUGAGGGGCCUAAAGGGGGAAAAGUUGGUUUGCCAACUGUAGAGUUUUCUCUGCCUCAAGGACAAAUGGAGGGAGAUCUCAAUGCUGGACUUUCUGGGAAAGGUGGAAAGUUUGAAAUGCCCAAAUUUGAUAUAUCUCUCCCUAAGGUCAAGGCUCCUGAAGUUGAUAUUUCCAUGCCAAAAAUCAAGUUACCAGAGGGUGAGGUUAAAGUUGAAGGUCCUGACUUCAAAACUGGAAAAUUCAGCUUGCCAUCCAUUGAUAUAUCAUUACCUAAAGGAAAGGCUGAAGGAGAAAUUGGCAUUGAAGGCCAUUCAGGCAAAAGAGGAAAGUUUGAAAUGCCAAAACUUGAUAUCUCCUUACCUAAAAUGAAAUUACCCGAGGGUGAAAUCAAUGUGGAAGGUCCUGACAUCAAGGGUGGCAAGUUUCACAUGCCCUCUGUUGAUAUUUCUCUACCAAAACCUACUAUAGAGGGAGACAUCAGUCUUGAAGGAGGGAAAGUUGACGUAGAAGCGCCUGAUGUCAAAGGUGGAAAGUUUCAUAUGCCAGACAUUGACAUUUCAUUGCCAAAAGGAAAAGUAAAGGGGGCUGCUGAGCUUAAAGGUGAUGCUGGUAAAGGGGGCAAGUUUCAUAUGCCCCAAAUUGAUCUUUCCCUACCAAGAAGGAAAUCUCCAAAGAUUGAUAUAAAUGUUGAGGGGCCUAAAGGGGGAAAAGUUGGCUUGCCAACUGUAGAGCUUUCUCUGCCUCAAGGACAAAUGGAGGGAGAUCUCAAUGCUGGACAUUCUGGGAAAGGUGGAAAGUUUGAAAUGCCUAAAUUUGAUAUAUCUCUCCCUAAGGUCAAGGCUCCUGAGGUGGAUAUUUCCUUGCCAAAGAUGAAAUUACCAGAAGGGGAUGUUAACAUUGAAGGUUCUGAUGUCAAAACUGGAAAAUUCAAUCUGCCAUCCUUUGACAUAUCAUUACCUAAAGGAAAGGCUGAAGGAGAAAUUGGCAUUGAAGGACAUUCAGGCAAAGCAGGAAAGUUUGAAAUGCCAAAACUUGAUAUCUCCUUACCAAAAAUGAAAUUACCCGAAGGUGAAAUCAAUGUGGAAGGUCCUGACAUCAAGGGUGGCAAGUUUCACAUGCCCUCUGUUGAUAUUUCUCUACCAAAACCUACAAUAGAGGGAGACAUCAGUCUUGAAGGAGGGAAAGUUGACGUAGAAGCGCCUGAUGUCAAAGGUGGAAAGUUUCAUAUGCCAGACAUUGACAUUUCAUUGCCAAAAGGAAAAGUAAAGGGGGCUGCUGAGCUUAAAGGUGAUGCUGGAAAAGGAGGCAAGUUUCAUAUGCCCCAAAUAGAUCUUUCCCUACCAAGAAUGAAAUCUCCAAAGAUCGAUAUAAAUGUUGAGGGGCCUAAAGGGGGAAAAGUUGGUUUGCCAACUGUAGAGCUUUCUCUGCCUCAAGGACAAAUGGAAGGAGAUCUCAAUGCUGGACAUUCUGGGAAAGGUGGAAAGUUUGAAAUGCCCAAGUUUGAUAUAUCUCUCCCUAAGGUCAAGGCUCCUGAGGUGGAUAUUUCCUUGCCAAAGAUGAAAUUACCAGAAGGGCAUGUUAACAUUGAAGGUCCUGAUGUCAAAACUGGAAAAUUCAAUCUGCCAUCCUUUGACAUAUCAUUCCCUAAAGGAAAGGCUGAAGGAGAAAUUGGCAUUGAAGGACAUUCAGGCAAAGCAGGAAAGUUUGAAAUGCCAAAACUUGAUAUCUCCUUACCAAAAAUGAAAUUACCCGAGGGUGAAAUCAAUGUGGAAGGUCCUGACAUCAAGGGUGGCAAGUUUCACAUGCCCUCUGUUGAUAUUUCUCUACCAAAACCUGCAAUAGAGGGAGACAUCAGUCUUGAAGGAGGGAAAGUUGACGUAGAAGCGCCUGAUGUCAAAGGUGGAAAGUUUCAUAUGCCAGACAUUGACAUUUCAUUGCCAAAAGGAAAAGUAAAGGGGGCUGCUGAGCUUAAAGGUGAUGCUGGAAAAGCAGGCAAGUUUCAUAUGCCCCAACUAGAUCUUUCCCUACCAAGAAUGAAAUCUCCAAAGAUUGAUAUAAAUGUUGAGGGGCCUAAAGGGGGAAAAGUUGGUUUGCCAACUGUAGAGCUUUCUCUGCCUCAAGGACAAAUGGAGGGAGAUCUCAAUGCUGGACAUUCUGGGAAAGGUGGAAAGUUUGAAAUGCCCAAAUUUGAUAUAUCUCUCCCUAAGGUCAAGGCUCCUGAAGUUGAUAUUUCCAUGCCAAAAAUCAAGUUACCAGAGGGUGAGGUUAAAGUUGAAGGUCCUGAUUUCAAAACUGGAAAAUUCAGCCUGCCAUCCAUUGACAUAUCAUUACCUAAAGGAAAGGCUGAAGGAGAAAUUGGCAUUGAAGGCCAUUCAGGCAAAAGAGGAAAGUUUGAAAUGCCAAAACUUGAUAUCUCCUUACCUAAAAUGAAAUUACCCGAGGGUGAAAUCAAUGUGGAAGGUCCUGACAUCAAGGGUGGCAAGUUUCACAUGCCCUCUGUUGAUAUUUCUCUACCAAAACCUACUAUAGAGGGAGACAUCAGUCUUGAAGGAGGGAAAGUUGACGUAGAAGCGCCUGAUGUCAAAGGUGGAAAGUUUCAUAUGCCAGACAUUGACAUUUCAUUGCCAAAAGGAAAAGUAAAGGGGGCUGCUGAGAUUAAAGGUGAUGCUGGUAAAGGGGGCAAGUUUCAUAUGCCCCAAUUUGAUCUUUCCCUACCAAGAAGGAAAUCUCCAAAGAUUGAUAUAAAUGUUGAGGGGCCUAAAGGGGGAAAAGUUGGCUUGCCAACUGUAGAGCUUUCUCUGCCUCAAGGACAAAUGGAGGGAGAUCUCAAUGCUGGACAUUCUGGGAAAGGUGGAAAGUUUGAAAUGCCUAAAUUUGAUAUAUCUCUCCCUAAGGUCAAGGCUCCUGAGGUGGAUAUUUCCUACCCAAAGAUGAAAUUACCAGAAGGGGAUGUUAACAUUGAAGGUUCUGAUGUCAAAACUGGAAAAUUCAAUCUGCCAUCCUUUGACAUAUCAUUACCUAAAGGAAAGGCUGAAGGAGAAAUUGGCAUUGAAGGACAUUCAGGCAAAGCAGGAAAGUUUGAAAUGCCAAAACUUGAUAUCUCCUUACCAAAAAUGAAAUUACCCGAAGGUGAAAUCAAUGUGGAAGGUCCUGACAUCAAGGGUGGCAAGUUUCACAUGCCCUCUGUUGAUAUUUCUCUACCAAAACCUACAAUAGAGGGAGACAUCAGUCUUGAAGGAGGGAAAGUUGACGUAGAAGCGCCUGAUGUCAAAGGUGGAAAGUUUCAUAUGCCAGACAUUGACAUUUCAUUGCCGAAAGGAAAAGUAAAGGGGGCUGCUGAGCUUAAAGGUGAUGCUGGUAAAGGGGGCAAGUUUCAUAUGCCCCAAAUAGAUCUAUCCCUACCAAGAAUGAAAUCUCCAAAGAUUGAUAUAAAUGUUGAGGGGCCUAAAGGGGGAAAAGUUGGUUUGCCAACUGUAGAGCUUUCUCUGCCUCAAGGACAAAUGGAGGGAGAUCUCAAUGCUGGACAUUCUGGGAAAGGUGGAAAGUUUGAAAUGCCCAAAUUUGAUAUAUCUCUCCCUAAGGUCAAGGCUCCUGAAGUUGAUAUUUCCAUGCCAAAAAUCAAGUUACCAGAGGGUGAGGUUAAAGUUGAAGGUCUUGAUUUCAAAACUGGAAAAUUCAGCCUGCCAUCCAUUGACAUAUCAUUACCUAAAGGAAAGGCUGAAGGAGAAAUUGGCAUUGAAGGCCAUUCAGGCAAAAGAGGAAAGUUUGAAAUGCCAAAACUUGAUAUCUCCUUACCUAAAAUGAAAUUACCCGAGGGUGAAAUCAAUGUGGAAGGUCCUGACAUCAAGGGUGGCAAGUUUCACAUGCCCUCUGUUGAUAUUUCUCUACCAAAACCUACUAUAGAGGGAGACAUCAGCCUUGAAGGAGGGAAAGUUGACGUAGAAGCGCCUGAUGUCAAAGGUGGAAAGUUUCAUAUGCCAGACAUUGACAUUUCAUUGCCAAAAGGAAAAGUAAAGGGGGCUGCUGAGCUUAAAGGUGAUGCUGGGAAAGGGGGCAAGUUUCAUAUGCCCCAAAUAGAUCUAUCCCUACCAAGAAUGAAAUCUCCAAAGAUUGAUAUAAAUGUUGAGGGGCCUAAAGGGGGUGAAGUUGGCUUGCCAACUGUAGAGCUUUCCCUGCCUCAAGGACAAAUGGAGGGAGAUCUCAAUGCUGGACAUUCUGGGAAAGGUGGAAAGUUUGAAAUGCCCAAAUUUGAUAUAUCUCUCCCUAAGGUCAAGGCUCCUGAAGUUGAUAUUUCCAAAUCAAAAAUCAAGUUACCAGAGGGUGAGGUUAAAGUUGAAGGUCCUGACUUCAAAACUGGAAAAUUCAGCUUGCCAUCCAUUGACUUAACAUUACCUAAAGGAAAGGCUGAAGGAGAAAUUGGCAUUGAAGGCCAUUCAGGCAAAAGAGGAAAGUUUGAAAUGCCAAAACUUGAUAUGUCCUUACCUAAAAUGAAAUUACCCGAGGGUGAAAUCAAUGUGGAAGGUCCUGACAUCAAGGGUGGCAAGUUUCACAUGCCCUCUGUUGAUAUUUCUCUAACAAAACCUACGAUAGAGGGAGACAUCAGUCUUGAAGGAGGGAAAGUUGAUGUAGAAGGGCCUGAUGUCAAAGGUGGAAAGUUUCAUAUGCCAGACAUUGACAUCUCAUUGCCAAAAGGAAAAGUAAAGGGGGCUGCUGAGCUUAAAGGUGAUGCUGGGAAAGGGGGCAAGUUUCAUAUGCCCCAAGUUGAUCUUUCCCUACCAAGAAUGAAAUCUCCAAAGACGGAUAUAAAUGUUGAGGGGCCUAAGGGGGGAAAAGUUGGUAUCCCAACUGUAGAGCUUUUUCUGCCACAAGGAAAAUUGAAGGGUGAUUAUGAUGCUGGAUAUUCAGGGAAAGGGGGAACGUUUGAAAUGCCCAAAUUUGACAUAUCUCUCCCUAAGGUCAAGGCUCCUGAAGUUGAUAUUUCCAUACCAAAAAUCAAGUUACCAGAGGGUGAGGUUAAUGUUGAAUAUCCUGAUGUCAAAACUGGAAAAUUCAGCUUGCCAUCCAUUGACAUAUCAUUCCUGAAAGGAAAGGCUGAAGGAGAAAUUUACAUUGAGGGACAUUCUCGGAAAGGAGGAAAAAUUGAAAUGCCAAAACUUGAUAUCUCCUUACCAAAACUGACAUUACCUGAAGGUCAAAUUAAAAUCGAAGGGCCAGACAUGAAAGGUAAAAAUGUGCCUGACAUCAGUGUUAGUGGAGGCACAGGUGGAAAUAUAAAGCUGCCAGCUGUGAAGCUACCAACGGUUGACAUUUCAGCACCCCGAGUUGACCUUGAGUUUGGCCUUCCAAAAACAAAAAGCAGUGACAGAGAGCAUAUUCAUCUUCUGAAAGCUGAAGGCAGUACACCAUCAUCUGGUGUAAGUUUUGAAGUUCCAGAUGUGACUCUAAAAAUACCAAAAACAUCACUUCCUAAAUUUGGUGGAAAAUUUAAAAGUAGAGAAGUAGAAAUUCCUGGCUUGUCUGCUGAUUUGGAUGUGGAGAGAUGCUCCCCAUCUGUAGAGAUUGAUACUGAUGUAAAAAUAAAAGGUAAAAUGAAGAAGCCGAAAAUCAAAAUGCCCUCUUUUGGUAUCUCCAAAAAGGAUGGAAAUGUAAGUGGACCAGAAUUUGAAAUGAAGAUGAAAAUGGGAGAAGGGGAUAUUACAAAACCAGAAAUCAAAGUGCAAAGUCCUGAAGACAAAGCUAAAUACAAACUAAAACUACCUAAAUUUAAGAUGCCUAAAAUAAAACUUCCAGAAGCGAAUGUGGAUGUUUCACUUAAUGUGGAUAGAGAGAUCAAAGGUGACUUCAAAGCUUCAUCCUUGGACACAAAAGGAAAGAUAAAAAUGCCAUCAGUUGAGAUAUGCUUGCCAUCAGCAAAUAUACCAGAACGUGAGGCAUUGCUACCAAAAACUGAGGUUGAUGUGUCUGAAGCGGAUAUCUCGGGUUAUGAGGGUAGCUUAAAAAUUCCAAAGAUGCCAACUAUUGAUAUAUCAGUACCAAAGGUUGAUUUGGAUGUUGCCUUACCAAAGGUAAAACAUGAUGUGUCAGUUGACUCCAGUUUUUCUGAUAUCAACAUUGAAAUUGAUAAACUAAAGAUGCCACAUAUAAAAAUGCCAAAAGUAGACAUAUCAUUACCUGAAGGGAGAACAGGGGGCAUUGACACACCAGAACUGGAGGUAGAAGGCAAAGGUGGCAAGUUCAAGAUGCCAAAAAUUACAGUGCCAACUGUGGACAUAUCAAUACCCCAUGGGAAAAAGGGAGAUGUGGAUAAAGGUGGGAAAUUCAAAAUACCUGAUGUUCAAAUGCCUAAAAUAGAUAUUUCACUACCUCACAGCAAAGUAGGCAUAGAUACUUUAGAUCUAGAAACUGGAGGACAUGGUGGCAAGUUCAAGAUGCCAAAAAUGACAAUGCCAGCAGUGGACAUAUCACUGCCCCAUGGAAAAACAGAUGUGGAUACCUCCGGCUUGGAAAUGGAAGGAAAAGGUGGGAAAUUCAAGAUACCUGAUGUUAAAGUGCCUAAAAUAGAUAUUUCACUACCCCAUGGCAAAGUAGACAUAGAUACACCAGAUCUGGAAACUGAUGGACAAGGUGGCAAAUUCAAGAUGCCAAACAUUUCAAUGCCUACAGUGGACAUAUCACUGCCCAAAGGCAACAAAGAAGAAAUGAGUGCUCCAGAACUAAAAGUAGAAGCGGAAGCAAAAGGUGGAAAGUUCACAAUGCCCAAAAUCACAAUGCCAACUGUGAACAUUUCUAUGCCCCAUGGACGUAUGGGUCAUGGACACUUCAGUCCUCCAGAACUGGAUGCUGAUGGAAAGGGUGGAGCAUUCAAGAUGCCAAAGGUUGACCUACAUAUUCCAAAAGGUAAAACAGGAGACAUUGAUACACCACAACUGGAAGUUCAAGGAGGUAUAUUCAAAAUGCCCAACAUUAAAAUGCCAAAAAUAGAUAUAUCCCUACCUGAAGGAAAAGCAGGAAACAUUGAUGUGCCAGAGGUUGAGGGACAAGGAGGAAAAUUCAGCAUGCCAAAAAUCAUAAUGCCAACCAUUGACAUAUCUGUACCAACAGGCAACACAGGAGAGCUGGAAGUUGGAGGCAGUGGAAAAUUCAAGAUGCCAGAGGUGGAUAUUUCAUUACCGAAAGAAAUAAAAGGAGAAAUACAAUUGCCUGAAGUGGAAGCUGAGGGAAGACCAAGCAAAUUCAAGCUGCCUGAUGUUAAAAUGCCUAAAAUAGAUAUUUCAUUGCCUCAUGGUAAAGCAGAUAUUGAUAAUCCAGAUUUGGAAAUGGAAUGUGGGAAAUUUAAGAUGCCAAAUGUUACAAUGCCACAAGUAGACAUAUCACUGCCCAAAGGGAAAAAAGGAGAAAUUAGUGGUCCAGAUUUCAAUGGUGAGGGAGGUGGAAAAUUAAGGAGGCCAGACAUUAAAAUGCCACAAGUAGAUAUUUCACUACCAAAGGGAAAAACAGCUGAUAUUGAUGCACCAGAACUGGAGCUUGUGGGGCAAGAUGGGAAAUUCAGGAUGCCAAAAAUUACAAUGCCAGCAGCAGAAAUAUCACCACUCAAAGGUAAAUCUGGAGCACUUGAUGCUUCAGAAGUAGAAAUUGAUGUUAAAGGUGGGAAAUUCAAGUUGCCUGAUGUUAAAAUGCCUGAGAUAAAAAUGCCUAAGGUGGAUAUAUCUUUAGCUCAAGGAACAACAGAUGAUGAAAUCACAGGAGAUGGUAAAUUCAAGAUGACAGACAUUAAAUUACCAACAGUAGACAUCUCUGUGCCUAAAGGAAUAUCUGGAGAUGCAAAUGCAUCAUGUCCUGCUAGUGAUAUUGUCACUGGCCAAGCCAAAGUGGGAGAAGAAGGUAAAUUUAAAAUGAAAAUGCCAAAAAUAUCUAUAGAGGCCCUAAAAGGGCAUCUAGAAUUGGAUGUUGGCUUAUCAAAGGAUGGAGAAAUGGAAAGAAAGAAGAAUGAGCUGACAGACAUUGACCUUAGCUCAACUCCAACUAAGGGAAAAGUAAAGGGGCCAAAAGUGAAGGGUACAAAGUUCAACAUUGGAAUGCCAAAAGUUAAGUCUUCUGGACUAGAGACAGACAUAAGUAAGUCAGGAAAAGUUGAUGCAGGGAUUGGCGGAGGAGUCAAGAUUAAGAAGUCUAAAGAAGAGGUUGAUGUGGACAUAGAGGGAGGUCAGGAAUCAUCCUCAAAACUCUCUAAAAUCAAACUGCCUGAAGUAGAGAUCUGUGGUCCUACCAUAAAGAGCAAAGGCCAAGGAAAAUCAGCAUCUUCACAACCCACUGUUGAAGAUGCUGAUCCAGGCCAUGGCUUCUUGUUGCCUAAUAUUGAAAUAAAAGCACAAAAGUUUGCAGAAUUAGAUUUUGAUAUUGGGGCUACUCAAGAUGGCACAGGUGAUGAUAAAGAGGACACAAAGAUGAGUACCACAGUCAAAAUACCAAAGUUUGGUGUGGCUCUGCCUUCUUUAAGUGCACCUGAAGCCAAACUCAACAUCAAAUCACCAAAGUCCAAGGGGUACUCAAUCAUCACAGGUCCUGAAGUGGAGUAUGAGGCCCCUCCUAUGCCAAAAGUAAAGAAAGCAGUAUUUGUUUUGGUUAAUUCCCAAGCAGAAGACUCUGCUGUAACUGGUAAAGCAAGUGCAGAGGCUGGAAAAGGCCCAAAGCUCCAACUGAAGCCAAGUUUUGGAAAGUCACAUUCAAAAGGUAAAGGGACAGCUAUGAAUGGUGACGAAGAGGACAUGGAAACAGAAGGAAAGUCAAAGACAAGCAAAUUCAAGUUGCCCAAAGUUGAAUUUUCCCCAGUAAAAACAGGGGCAUAUGAUGCAGAUGAUCCUAAUGUAAAUGGCGACAAAGAUGACAAAGCAAUGUUUGGAAAGCUGAAGUUUCCCAAAGUUGAGUUUACCUCACCAUACUCCAAAGAUGCGACUGAAGAGGGAGACCCAGAGAUAGGCAUGAAACUAGGCAAGAAGGACACUUCAGGAGAUGACAAAGAUGCUAAAGGAUCCAAGACUAAAUCAGGAAAGAUGUCAUUUCCAGGCUUCAGGAAGAAAACAACAAAGCACGAAGAGGAGACUGAGAGCAACAUCAUAGUGUCCUCAAAAGCCAGAACAGAAAUGUUAGCAGAACGGGAGGAGUCAGAAUCCCCAAUUCAAAGGGUUUCAACUGGUCUUCUCUCAGGGAAGACCUCUGACCAAAGAGAAAUGGAUUCUGAGGGAUAUGGCAGAAGCAGAAGGCAAGAAGGGGAAGAAACAGAGGAGGCAACUUGGUUUAAAUUACCUACAGUCACUCUUAGCCCUCAGUCCACUAGCACCGUGAAAAUCACACCAGAGGGCUCUCCAAAGGAAAGCAGAUUCUACAGUGAAGAAGCUUCUGGAGGUUUCUACAUGAAAAUGCCAAAGAUAGAGUUCUCCACUCAGGAAUCUUCAUCAGAGCAUACGGUCACCACAACGGAGGAAGGGACACUUACUGUAGUGACUAAAAUGUCAAAAUAUAUGGUGACCGAAUCAAAAAGUAGCAGCUCAACGACACACUGGAGUCAGUGAAUUUCGGGGAGAUGGGUGUUAUAUGUUUUUAUAUGUGACUGUGUUGUAGUUUUAUUCAGUUUUAAACUAUUUAUUUUUAUUCUGAAAAUCAAGAGCUUUUCUGGCAUAGAAAUAAAACUAUUUAUUGUAGGAGAGUUUUAUUUUGAUAUAUUUGCCACUUACCACAAACAGUUUUGGUAAACCUGUAAAGAUAGUAGGUCUUCACACUUUCACAUAGAACAGUUGUUGUAGAUAAUAUAAAUACAUACACAAAUGGGUGGGAUUUCAACAAUUCUCAUGAUUUUCAGAGGUGUUAUAUUCAGCUUAAUCUGACUUAAGGCAGUUUGAAUACACUUGCCGUUUUUACGACUCUUUUUUUUUUUGAAGUUUCAGACUGGAAUGCAAGUUCCUGUGCCUUUUUUCUAUUGACGCUAAACAUUAUGGCUGUACCUUAUUGAAGUAGAAAGACUGUUCAAGACUUUUUUCAUACUUAUUCACACAACAUGUACAUAUAAACUGAUAAAAUUAACCUGUAGUGCAGAAUGUGGUAUUUAAUUCAAGAAUUAAGCUUAAUGAAUGAGCCGUUUUGGUGGUUGAAUGCAUUAAAAUGUGAAACUGUACAAUGACAGCAUUUCUGUGUUGAAAGGAAUAUUUUGAGUUGUUGUGAGUGUGAAAUUCUCUGGCAUAUUUUUCAUUAACUCCUGCAUUGAGGAUGAAUUAGUUUAAAAUGAGCAGCUAGCAAUAUUACUGUAUAGUUUUUGUUUGUGUUGGUUUUUUUAAGGGUUUGCAGUACUGAUGAGCAUGUCAGAAUUUUUAUUCUUUUGAAACACAAUGUCUCAAUUGGAUGAAACAAAAAGAAAUAAAAACAGUUGGUAACUGCUGCUA